UCGCGGGUCGUGCAGAGAGCGUGGUGUGCAGCCACAGCGAAUUUCCAUUCACAUUCGAAUUCGUAUAUCAACAAGCAAGUGACAGUCUUGGAAUUGCACACACACACACACACACGCACACACAACAACACGCGUAAAUUUAUACGUCAUCAUGGAACGCCUGCUGACCAUAUUUGAGAAUGCUGAUCCCUUCUCAACCUGGUGGCCCACAAUAGCCGCCGUUGCUGUUGGCAUUGUGAUUACUGUGCGCACGAUAAUGAGCGGCCAGCGCUGUCCCAACGAUAAUCAAAUCAAGAAGCAAAUUGUCGUAGUUACUGGCGGCAACAGCGGCAUUGGCUUCGAGAUAGCCAAAGCGCUGGGGGGACGUGGUGCUCGCAUUAUCCUUGCCUGUCGCAACCUCACAGCCGGCGAACGCGCUGCAGCCAUCAUCAAGCGUGAGCUCGGCUGCCACACUCCACUCGCCACUGCCGCCGACGGCGGUGACAACAUAAAUCCGGCGGAGCGUUACUUCGUCGAGGCACGGCACUUGGAUCUCAGCUCCUUUCGCAGUGUGCAUCAGUUUGCCGCGAGGCUGAUGUCGGAGUUUGAGCACAUCGAUGUGCUGGUGAACAAUGCGGGCCUGGUGUUUGGCGACACUCGAGUGCCGACGCCGGAUGGCUUCGAGCAGCACAGUCAGGUGAACUAUUUGGCACCGUUUCUGCUGACGCAGCUGUUGCUGCCACAUCUGAAGAGGGCCGAACAGGGCCGGAUUGUGUUUGUAUCGGCGCACGCCCAUCAAGCGGCCAAAAUCGAUUUCGAUGAUCCGCUGAAUGUGGGCACCUAUGCGAUGAAAUUCCAUGCACGCGAUGCCUUCGCCCACUCCAAAUUGGCCGUCAUUUUGGCCACACGCUGGCUGGCCAAAGUGCUCAAAGAUACCUCGGUCACGGUCAAUUGCUGUACGCCGGGUCUGGUGAGAGGAACUCGGCACCUGCGCAACUCACCGCUAAUGUCGGCUUUUUGUGUUAAAGUGAUCACCUACCCCUGGAUGUGGCUCUUCAUGAAGAAUGCCGUCGAGGGGGCACAGUGCGCCAUUCGCCUGGCCACGGAUCCCCAGCUGAAGCAAGUGACUGGCGAGUACUUCAACGACUGCGAAAUUGCGCCAACUUCGGAGGCUGGCCAGGACAAGGAAUUGGCCAAGAAAUUGUACAUGCAAACUAUAAAAACGCUCGAGCGCGUUACCAAACUUACUGUCGACACGGAGGCGUGCACCAUGGACGGGGCGGACACAGCAGCGGGCAAUGGCAACUGAUUUAUGUUGGGCACGCGGCAAGUCUGCAAAACUGCAACGUCUAUUUGCAUUUGGUUUAACAAUUGCCGCAUUAGGCACUCCGGCUCCAUGUCUCCACUCUCUCUCUCUCUCUCUCUCUGCUCUCUCCUACUUCAAACCAAAUAAAAAAAGAAAAGAAAAAGACAAGCCAGGCGAACAAACUGGCUACUUAGGAGACGCCCCCUUUUUAAGGGUCUGCAACUGAGAUGCUCUGAGACUCUGCGACUGCCACUGCCUCUGUGCUUAACUCUAAGAAAUAUAUGUAAAUUUAAUGUGCGAGCAUCCUCAAAAAUUUGCUGAUUUUGUCUUUUAUUUCAUUUCAUUUUAUUUUCAUUUUCAUUUUUACGUUGAGUUUUUCAAAAGGCAAAAACCCAUGAACCCGUCAUAAGCACAGAUUUACGAGGCGCGGUCAAUUAGAAAAUCACCAUAUGUUUCCCCGAAUUAUGUUGUAUUCUUUGUGAUGUCCUUUUGAAUAUUGUUUUAUGAAUUUAUUCAAAGCAUUUGAGAGGUUCAACUCGACAAAGAGCAACAGACCGUAAUCCAAAUAUAUUACAUAAAUACCAUAUGCUUAAUGUUUGUAUGCUAUAUGCGCUAGCAUCUGCUUGGAAAUUUCAAUGUUUUGCCAUACAUUAAAAUAAAUAAUGGGCACUUUGAGUACGCUUCUCAUAGUAUUUUCAUAACCAGCUGUCAGUCAAUUAAUUCUGCGAUCAUCUGCAUAUCGCAAUCUAAACUCGUUUUGCGUAUACGUAAUAUUGUGUCUCUUGCUGCUUUAAUAUUCAAAUACAC